AGCUUGGUUUGGUUUCCGCCUUUAUAGAUAUAAUAUUUUUUUUAAAUAUCAUCAGCGGCACCUAUUCCUAUUUUUCUUGUAUAUUUAAAGUCAAGAAUGACAUCUGAUUCUUUCUAUUUUAUUAUUUCUUGAUAUCCUAUAUACGAUUGAAUAUAUCUAUUUGAUCUAUUAUGAAUACCAUUACAUACUCUUAUUUCUCACAACAUAGCACUAAUACUAACAAAUUAAACAUACAAUUAUCACCACCUAUAUCACCUAAACUGAUUUCAGUAUCACCAUCACAACAUCAAUCAAAUACACAAAACUAUUCUUCUUCUCUUUUCAUUUCUGAAAACCAACUUUUUAAUACGUCCAUAGUGGAGAAUGGAAGUGAAACAUCAGAACAUAGUGACAUAAAUGAAAGUUUAAAAAUUUGUGUAGAAGGCAUUCCUGAACAGGGUGCAAAAUCGCGCGUAGAAACACAAAUCAAACUUAAUAUUUCACUUACAACAAAGGACGGCACUAAAGCUCCUUAUUAUUGGACACAUAUUAAAAUUCCAAAUUCUUUACUCGCAAGAUCAAAAUUAAAAAAAAGUCAACAGCAAAAACUACAUUAUGGUAGCGCUGCCACAAUUGUGUCAGAUGAAUCAAAAGUUCUUCAAUUAGAGGCUCGUGUAGUAUGUGAAAGCGAUGAAACAAGAAAAAUUAAAAUGUGUCAAGGCUGUGUUCGUCGAGAGCGUAAGCGUGCUGAAAGAAAAAAGGACUCUAAACAUUCUAUUUAUGAUUUAAACUCUAUUAGAAUGGAUGAAGCAUUCGAACGUGAGAGACAACGUAUUCUUUUAUUUAAUUGUGAUCCUCUUUUAAAUUUUUCAACUGACUCUAUUACUUUGCCUACUCGUAUUACAUGUUAUUGUCGCCAUCAUAAUGAACGCAUAGGUUUUCGUAUCCGAUUUGCCUUACGGAGUAAUAAAGGUAUCGUUGUCGCUACGGGUGAAUCGCCUCCGAUUAUGAUUACAGAUGAUCAUAAGAGUUCAAAAUCACGUACCCCUUCUAUUAGUAGUGAUACUAUCAUUUCUACUAUAAGAAAAAGACAUAGAACAAGAUCUAAAAAAGUUGAACAAAAUAACCAUAAUUAUGCACAGAUGACCCAUGUUUCUCGUCGUCAAAAAUACAAUAGCAAUCACGGAGAUAAAUCCAAAGAUAAUGUAAACCCCAUGUAUUCUUCUGUUACCUCAAGCUGUUUUCCUUCUAGUACAGCAUCCACUCCCUCUAUCCUUGGCCAUUUCUCAACCAUUUCUCCUCUGAUGACCCCUGGAGGUGAAGAGUUGAAGGGAAGUAUGUCUCCGAGAACUCCUACAAAUUCAUUCAACAACAACAACUGGCAAAAUAGAAUGUUUCAGACGAUAGCAAAUAGCGAUAAUGAGAAUAGAAUUCAGGUUCCGGUAUCGAUAUCGGAAAGGUCAACGUCAACGUCAACGUCAACGUCAACAAACUCGCUGCAUAACGAGAAUCUCACUUUAUCACAAAAUACAAAAAUAGCUGAUUCAUUUAUUCCUUCUUUAUCCUGUCAAUAUCCUCAAUUUGAAGAGACAUUCAUGGACACAUAUUAUCCCUCAGUUAACAUACCAAUAGAUUAUUCUCUCUUCUAUUCUCAUCAUCCUUAUUCUACUACUUCUUAUACCGCAUAUUCAACUCCUUCCACUAUCUCACCUAUCAGUCUUCCUGCUCGUCUCCCUCAAGACUUGCCUAUCUUAUCUCAACUCAUACCUUCCAGCGGUCCAUCUACAGGUGGCUUUAAGAUUACGGUUCUAGGUCAAAAUUUUUACCAAGGAUUAACAUUGAUGUUUGGUAAUCGUGCUGCUACUAUUUUAAAUUGCAGUCCAAGCUCUCUUGUAUGUAUUUUACCACCUGUUGUUGAAGGACGAGAGGGCCCCGUUGCUGUUACCUUUAAGGAACAUCCUCUCCGGCCAAUGGAUCCUAUACCACCUUUAUUUAAUUAUUAUGAAUCAGGACAUCAAGAUAUGAUGGAUCUUUCAUUGCAAAUGAUUGGAUUAAAGACUGCUAAAGAUACCAUGACAUACCCUUAUCAUCAAUACGAUGAUAAAGAAAAAGAAGAGCAACACAUCAUCCAUAUCCUCUUACAACAUCAGUUAAUGAUCAAUAAUUCCCUUUUAGUUCAAAGAACAAAUAAAGGAGGACAGAAUUUGGCUCAUCUUGCUGCUCAUCUUAAUUUUCCUAUGCUUACUCUUUUUUUACUUGAAAGAAACCCAUCCCUUGUUCAUUCUCAAGAUCAAAAUGGACUAUCCCCUCUACAUUUUGCUUUAAGGUCAAGAGCAACUCAAGUCAUUGAAAGAUUAUUGAAGGCAGGCGCCAAUUUAGGAUUAGUCUCUAAUCUUGGAACCCCUCUCGAUUUUGUAAAUACUCUAUUGAAUACAAAUGAAUAUUAUGAAUUUAGAAGACAGAUUCAACAGGAUCAUUUGCUUGUUAAACCAAGAAAUGCUAUUUCCUGGUUACCAAGUCUAUUCGUAUAUGCUGCCUCUCAGUACUAUCAAUAUAGUCAUGUUGAUAUAAUACCUUAUGUAGACUUUCAUUUUAAUAAUUCUAUCAUGAUACAAGACAAUAAUCCUUUAGUCUAUCAUGUAUGAAAAGAAAAAGGAAAAAAAAAAUGCAUAGUUUAUAAAACCGUGUUGAAGUUGUUAUUAUUCAUUUAUUUUACCCCUAUUAAGCGCAACUCAUCCUUCUCUUAACGUUAUACCCUUCUUUCUGCAUUUUUCUUCUCCC